UGCUUCACAACUCAGAGAAGCUGGAGAGACAAGGGACGAUAAACCUCCCCAACUGUUCUGGAGUAAAGUUCAGACAAGUCGCCUAGUUUUAGACUGAAUGGGAAGAAAGUUGAACAAAGGCUACUUGUAGAUCUAGUUGAAAGCCAAAUGUUGUUUAUCCGGACAGCCAUGGAAUGGGUCUCACUCCGUCGCUCAUCAGUCUGGGGAAAGAAGUUCGUGUUUUGGUCGCUUUUGCUUUGCAUAGCUGGAGCUAAAGGUGAGACACACCACGCCCAGCCCCAUUCCACGCUGAUUGCUUCUCCUCCCCACCUGUACUACACCUGUCCUGAAGGUGCAAGAGUCAACAUGACGUGCGUCCAGAAAGGUACCCUGCUUUCCCCCAACGAUGUUGUGAGGAGCACUUGGCUCUUCACAGCCCACAGUGACCAGCACUGUCAUCCAGGAAUGGGCCCAAGGAAUUUUUCUCACCCACACCGUAACAGCACAUUGCCACCAGGAGUGAAGAUGGAUCGCAUGGGGCACAACCACUGGUUGAUUCUAGAGAAUGUGAAACCUUCGGACCAGGGCCGCUACUGCUGUGGGAUUCUAGAAUUCAAUAAACAUAGCUUGGUGCAGAAAGCCUACAACCAUGUUAUUCUACAAGUUAUACCGCCAAGGAAAGGAUUUCAGAAUUGCACUGUCUGGGAUCCCACACCAACUGCAAGUACUGCAAGCUCUGUGCCAGUGGCCUUGGCUAUAACAGCCUGCAUCGUGGCUCUGCUGUCCCUGCCUCUUAUUCUAGUGCUCGUGUACAAACAGAGGGAGAAUUCACCGUUAGGAAGACGUGGACAAGAGCUAGUGAGGAUGGACAGUGAGGCUCUGGGCCAUGAAAACCCAGUGUUUCGAGGGGGAUCACCAGAAACAAAGACCCGCACUGUUUCUCAGAUCAUGACCAGGCAGUCAUCCGAGACAGGUCGCCACCUGUUGUCCGAACCGGGAACACCCCUUUCUCCUCCGGCACAUGGCGACGUAUUCUUCCCAGCAGAAGCUGCCAUCCCUGAGUUUCCAGAGUUCCUGUAGGUUUCAAGAGGAGCUGAACCUCAAUCAUCACUCAAACUGCUGAUCUGGAAACAGCCCCGCAACUAUCUUCCUCUUCUCUCUGCCUUCAGACGGACGCUCUCCUUCGAGCCAUCUCAGAAUAACCCCGGAUUUUAGUCUGUACAUUGUCUGGACCCAAGGAGGGAAAAAAGAAGGCUGCAUUUCUUUGAUUCAUAAACUACUUCCACCUGCAACAACAGCUGCAGGCAAAAAGUGAACUUUGGCUCGUGACGACUUGUUGUGCUUCAUUUUACAUCCAAACACUGGCGAUGGCUUGCAAACCAUUCAUUCGAAUCAGGUACCUCGUUUGGAUGAAACACACUGCUUAUAAUAGUGUUGGCAUGUUUUUGAUUCCAGCCCUAAAUAACUCACUUUGCGUGACUGUCUGUAUAAUUUGUGUCAGUAUUGCGGUUUCUAUAUGUCAGCAAGCACACCAACCAAAGAUCCAUGCUAUAGAAAAUGUGCAGGGGUGGCAUGUUGUUUAGGGCAAGUCAAACCCUAAAGAACUCACAAUGAUUUCUGUAAAUUUCCUGUGUCACUCUUGUGGUUUCUUUGUAACUGUAAGGGGGCCAACCGAAGACUUAUUGUAAAUCUGUCUUUAUGUAUUUGCUAAAUGCACAAGCUGUCUAAGAAACAAUCCUAUGUAAAAGACCCCACACAAGACUACUUUUUAACUUGUUGAUGUUGUAACCUUUACACAAGAAGGCAGGAAGGUUACAUCUCCAGGAAGCAAACAGUGUUGUUUUUGUUUUCUUUCUUCUUCAUGUUUUUUUUUUUUAAAACCGAACAACUGGUGUGAGGACGACUUAACACCCUUUUCUCCCUUUAGUCAUUUGACAUAAGCCGUCUGCACCAGCGAACUCUCAAUCAUCAGAGAAGUGCCAAAGGUCUUGUACAAAAAAAGAACAGUUUUUGCUUUUACAGGCAUUAUGCUGUUCCUCUGUUUUAACUUGAACUUGCCAUGUUUUCUAUUUCUUCUUUGCUACCUCAGCUAUGCGUAAACUCUGUUGCUUUAAAUACUGUCUUUCCUUCCUGUGCUUCCAGAAACGCAGCCCUUCACAGUGGCCUUAAAUAUUCUCAUAAAGUGCUGAAAAUUGCAGGAAGAAUUUAGAAAAAGCAUUCAGAAAAGACGUUCUUGCUUGUGCUCGUGUACAGUUCAAUAAUUCUAAACAAAAUGUUUAUUGUUUUUUACUCUUGAAUGUAGCUGAUUUUUAUUAAAUAAAGAACAACAACAAAAACCUUAAAACAGUUUAAUCACUGCAGUGGAAGUAAAUCUUUUAUGAAUAUUUUUGUUUUUUAUUUUUUUUAUUUGACUGUGGUAAAAUAUAUUGUAGUAUUCAUUUGUAUUUUAUUAGUACGUGUGCAAUGGGGCUGUUUGAUAAAUAUCAAAUAUUUCAAGUGAAAGUGCGGGAAAAAAGCUUUAAAAUGUUAACCUAAGAUCAGUGAACACAACUUGGCUUAAGAGAAGAAGGGCGAACGUAUAUAUGACAGCAUUUUUGAUAUUAUUUAGUGUGACUGUAAAAACCACCGGUGGGUUUUUUUCACACUGAGGUGUACAGGAGGUGCUUGGAGGAAAUCCUCUCUAGAACGAUGUGUAGCAAGUGUACAGUUCGGGUUAUUAUGUAAAGAUGUUUUUAUUCUCUAAGAGUUAAUGAUUGUUUUUUGUGUUUAAAUGCUUGUGUUUUCCAUUAUGCCUGCUUAUGUGUGUCUGUGUAUGUGUGUUUUUAAAAAAAAUCUGGACUGUGACCACAUGUUGACAUGAGCGCAAACGUUAACAAAAUACAAAAAGGCUUGUAAUUAGCAUGUUUGUUCUGUAUAUUACCGCUGAAUCCUGCUAUUAGUGGCUUUUAUAAUAAAGUGGCACUUUAAAGCC